AUGGGUCGCUACGACAAGGUGCCAGAUUACGACGCCAAGUCCCGCAUAUCGAACUUCCGGCUGCAUUGCAAGAACGCCCGCGAAACGCACUUCUACGAGGAGGAGUGCUUUCCUUUCCGUCGUUUCAACAGUGGUGCCGCCCUUUGCGCCCAGGCGAAACACUGGAACACAUCCAUCGGCCGUUUGCCAAAGAAGUCGGACGAGUUCCUGCUGGAGCUGUUGUGGACCACUUCUCAGAUCACGCGGGUACCGCGCCUGCAUGGUCGUGUCAAGCUCCCGUGGCAAGAGGAAAAGAUGAUGCGAUGGUCCAUGGUUCCGUAA